AGAAAGCGGCGGUGUGAGAAUUGCGUUUGCGUACAGUAUUCCUCUUUUCUCAUUAUCUCAUUUUUCUCUCUCUCUCUCUCUCUCUUCACAAACCCUAAUUCCAUGGAGAACUCCAAAGAUCAAACCACCACCAACCCUGAAACCCCUACCAAUACCACUACUACUGAUUCUUCCAUUCCUCCCGACAAUCCAAACCCCCCGUCUUCUCUUCCCAGAACUCCCUUCACUAAUCUCAGUCAGGUCGAUGCCGAUCUCGCUCUCGCUCGCACACUGCAAGAUCAGGAAAGGGCAUAUAUGAUGCUGAGAAUGAAUGGAGGUGGGAGUGAUCAUGAAAGUUGGGAAACUGGAAGUUAUGUGGAUGAUGAUGAAUUAGAUCAAGAAAAUAGCGAAUAUGAUGCGGAAGAAGAAGAAGAGGAUGCGUUUGAUGUUCAUGCUCAUUUGGAUAAUGGAUCUGGAGAGGAAGAUCGGGGCAACCGAGGUGUUGAACUAGAUCCGGCUUCUUUCCCUGAUGAUGAAGCUUAUGCCAGAGCGCUACAAGAUGCUGAAGAUCAAGAAAUGGCUGCUAGAUUGCUGGCUCUCACCGGCAUUAAUGGGAUGGUUACUGAGGAGGAAGAGGACAGUAUGGAUGAUCAUGGUGGCAAUUCUCAGGAUUCAUGGGAUGAUGUUGACCCAGAUGAACUAUCAUAUGAGGAAUUGAUUGCACUGGGUGAAGUAGUUGGGACCGAAAGUAGAGGGCUUUCUGCCGAUUCAAUUGCUUCUUUACGCUCAGUCGUUUACAAGGCCCAGAAUAGUCAAAAUGGAAGCAGUGAAACUUGUGUUAUAUGUCGCUUAGACUAUGAGGAUGGUGAUAACUUGAUCUUGCUUUCGUGCAAACACUCUUACCAUUCUGAGUGCAUAACUAACUGGCUGCAAAUAAACAAGGUGUGCCCUGUAUGCAGCACAGAGGUGGCGACAUCUAGCAACGCUUGUUGACAUUGAUGAUGGUUUGUUUUAUGUUGCUGCACAUGCGCGCGUAGGUCUCAUCUACUGUGUGAAUGACACUAUUGGCAACAUUUGUUAGUUAUGUUAUUGGAAGCUUUCUUUGUUCUUGUUUGUCUGUUGGUCAAUUAUAUCAAGUAAAAUUUGUACAAAAUGUCAUAAUUUAGGUUAUGUUUAUCAUAUUUGAACGUUGGAACACAUUUAUAUGGUUAAUUUUUUUUUAGAACA